CCAAUCCUCCAGGUGACUCCCAGCCAUGAAGACACUUGUCCUCCUCUCUGCCCUUGUCCUGUUGGCCUUCCAGGUCCAGGCUGAUCCUAUCCAACAGACAGAUGAAGAGACUAAAACUGAGGAGCAGCCAGGGGACGAGACCCAGGGUCUGUCUGUCGUUUUUGAAGGCCCAGAAGGCUCUGCUCUUCAAGGUGCAGCCCGAAGAGGAGGAGGAAGGCCUUUGAGAUGCCGUUGCACCCUGUCACCCUGUAAAUUUCCAGAAUUUCGCAGAGGGAUCUGCCUGGGUCCUAAUUCUAUAAAUGGUAAUCGCUGCUGCCGGCAGUGAACAUGGAGCCCAUGGACAAGAUAAAAGAUAAAGAUGCCUUCUGAGACCUCACAACCUGU